AUCUGUCCUUUGCACAGACUGGACGGACAGGCGGGCAGUUAUCGCACUGCUGCACUUGGCCGCUGCGCUGGAGCACAGACAGAAACUCCUGCCUGUUAGACUCAGCAGCAAGCAGAAAACCGGACAGAGAAGAAAGGGCCAAAACCGAUAUCCACAUAUUUAUCCGGUGUGGUUUUGUGCGCCAUGGUGAAACAGCGACGCACCAGAGCGCGUUCCUGUUGCGCAGAUGUUGCUCGCCUAUGUUGCAGAAAAGGACCAUUGAAGACUCUGACAGAGCCUGCCAUCUUUGCCAGGGAGACCAGUUGUGAUUGUCGCGCCCCUCAUGAGAAACUCACCAUCGCCCAGGCCCGCAGAGGCACCCCAGUGGAUCGGCCAGUCAGAGUGUAUGCAGAUGGCAUAUUUGAUCUGUUCCACUCCGGCCACGCUCGCGCCCUCAUGCAGGCCAAGAACCUCUUCCCCAACACCUACCUCAUAGUGGGAGUGUGCAGUGAUGAGCUAACCCAUAAGUACAAGGGUUUCACGGUCAUGACAGAGAUCGAACGUUACGAAGCCCUGAGACACUGCCGCUAUGUUGAUGAGGUUUUGAGAGACGCACCUUGGACGCUCACACCUGAAUUUCUUGAGAAACACAAGAUCGAUUUUGUGGCUCAUGAUGAUAUCCCAUACUCCUCAGCAGGAAGUGAGGACGUGUAUAAACACAUCAAGGAGGCAGGAAUGUUUGUGCCUACACAGCGGACAGAGGGAAUCUCAACUUCAGACUUAAUUACUAGAAUUGUCAGAGACUAUGACGUCUAUGCCCGACGCAACCUCCAACGCGGCUACACGGCCAAGGAGCUCAACGUCAGCUACAUCAAUGAGAAGAAGUACCGGCUGCAGAACCAAGUGGACCGAAUGAAGGAAAGGGUUCGCACGGUCGAGGAGAAGAGCAAACAUUUUGUUUACCGUGUGGAGGAGAAGAGUCACGACCUCAUUCAGAAAUGGGAAGAGAAAUCCAGAGAGUUUAUCGGCAACUUUCUAGAACUUUUCGGACCUGAUGGGACUUGGAAACAGGUAUUUCAGGAGCGCAGUGGACGAAUGCUAUCCUACGCUCUGUCUCCCAGGGAGUCUCCCUGCAACAGCCCUCCCCGCGAACUGUCUCCCCUGCGCUCUCCCUCUCCCCCGUCUCCCCCCGCUCGCUGGCACAACGCACGGCCUUCACCCCCAACCUCCCCUAAAGGAGCAUCCGCCUCUAUAAGCAGCAUGAGUGAAGGUGAUGAGGAUGAGAAGUAGAUGGACUGUGGAACACACACUUACAGCACACACACAUACACACACACGCACACACACACACACACAUCACUCACAAUACACUGCCUGGGAACUGCUCACAUGUGCGCAAACACACACACACACACACACACACACACACACACAUAUAUAUAUAUAUAUUCUCCUACAAACACUGGCUGGAUACUGAAACCUCAAGGAAAGCUGCAAAUAUGCAAGGCAGACGGUCAUCAUGGGAAAUGUAGUCCUGUGCUGCUGAGCUAUGAAGCCAUCACUGUCUCUGUUGCCUGGGCAACCAAGCAGGCAGAAAAGAGAAGAGGAUGCGGGUUCAUGCACACAGUGUCACACAUCGUAUGAAGGUCAAGAAUCCUUUGCGGCAUCUUUUCGAGAGGGUUUGCUCUGGAUCGUCCAGUGCUGAUAAGGACUGCUCAUUACACCAACUCAUUGUUUUUUUUGUCCUAUUCUGUUUAGUUUAACAUUUUCUCUUCAAGAUGCCAAGAUUUCUUGUAUCUACUGUGACCGCUAGAUGUGAACAGGCACAAAGUUACAGAAGAUUGUAUGUGGCAUUCAGUACUUCAGCUGUGAACUGACGGCAACUGGAUUCAUUCAUCACUGUGUGAGGUUUGUGCUUGUUAAACUGACAGUUAGGAAUUAAAGGAGAGACACUGGAAACCCUAGAGUAGUAGAGGCUAUCCUGUGGACAACCUCUUGGCACUCACACACAUAGUCAGUGCUAGUUUGCACCUUUUUAGCAUAAUUAAUCAGCAAGGAACAUAAGAUUCAGUGAUUCACAAUCCUUGAUUUACAUGUUCCCAUGCUACAGUAAUGACCACCUUCAAAGACAGAUUAAAACUAAUCCCUAAAAUGUAAUGUAAUUCCUAAAAUGUAUUUGAAACUGAGACGAUCGGUGCAAAAAAAAAAAGGUGAUAUCAAGCAUCAGAGCUCUUGUAUGAAAAUUAAUGUGAAAUAAAAUGUUUUGACAUGAUAGUGACUCUAAAAAGAGCCCCUAAAGAUCUAAUUCUUCUGCACCUUAUCUAUAAAAUGCCUGUUAGAUAAUCCCGCAAACUUGAUUGUGAUGAGACAGAAAAAAAUAGCCUUCAUUUAUUAGCUUCUUGAAUGUAAAUGUGAGUCUUUGAGACCGCACACACCUAGAGAAUAAAUGUAAUCACUCUAAUUUGUAGUCACAUGAUAUAAAAACACGCAGAUCCCUCGUCACCAGUCAUUUAGGACACACAAUUAUCAUGCAUUAUGGUAACCUAAUAGUAGAAAAUUUUCACCAGAAAAAGCCAUGCAUUUUUUUUUUUGAGAUUUCCACGUUUUACCAGUCCAUGUUUAGCAGACAUUUUCGCUCUUUGGAAAAUGAUGUCAGCUGUCAAUCAAACCUGGCAAACAUGGAGACGCAGCCUUUCUCCAGGACUCUGAUGAUACUUGAACUAUACCACUGUAAUACUACUGUAAUUGAAGCCCUCCAGGGGAACUGUCAGGUCCUCAAAAGCCGGAGCAUCACCCUAACGUUUUCUUUGCUUUUAUUGGAAAUGUAUGUAACAACUCUUUUGCUCAGGUCUGAUCACCAGUGACCCAUCCCAGGCCGGAGCACCACCCCCCUGACAAUACAAUACCCUAAUGCAAUGUAGAGACCUUAAUGUCCUGUACGCACUACAUGUUAAUCUGCACUAUAUGUACAAACUUUGGGAAUGUGUGUCUUUUUUUAUUUUUUAAAUUUUAAUGUUCAAACGGCUUGAUAUGUAAAUAAAACAAAAACGUAUAACUGAAUGUGAAUUAAAUAUCAAUACGUGUUCAUUUCAACAUUUUAUCAGAUCACAGAACACAAAAAAAAAACCAAACCAAACAUUCAAGACAGAUCACACACACGACAGCGAUUUUCUUUAUUGUCAGGUUUGACAAUAGGUACUGUAAGUUGAUCUCAUGCUGAAUCACAUCAUUGGACUGCUCUAGCACUCUUUUGGUGCGUGUUGAUGUUGCAUUAAUUGCAUAUCUUUGCACGACUGCCUCCACAGUGAGGAGUUCAUGCAUACAAAUAUGUUUUUUUUUUUUAAGCUGGAGGUACACUAGGAUGGAUAACAGAGCGAUCACUCCACACUGGCUGCAUACAGUAUACAGCAAAUACAUUAUUCAUAGUUAUAUACACAGCAUUUUU